AUGGCACAAUAUUCAAUAGUGAAUAUUAAUAAUUUUCUUGCAGACAGUGAUGCUUAUAUUCAAUCAUGUUUUACACGUAGAAAUGCACUUAUAAUUAUGUCUGGUCUUAUUAUAUUUUUUAUUUUCUAUUAUAUUUGGUUUAGUCAUAGUGGAAUGGUAUUUAUAAAAUCAUUAGAUACAAGAAUUUAUUAUUCAAAACUUCAAAAAUUAGUUUCCUAUGAUGAUAAUAGUAAAAUAUUGAAGGAUAAAGCUCAAGGACCAUUAACAUGUUUAAUAAUAAUUCGUUCAGCUGAUGGAGCUCUUGGUAAUAGAAUGUUUUUAUUUGCAAGUGCUUAUGGUAUGGCUCGUCUUCAUCAAUGUCAACUUUAUGUGGCACCAUGGAUUUUAGUUGAUCUUCGAUCAGUAUUUCGUAUUCAAAUAAACGAAACAAAAGUUCAAUUAACAACAGAUGAAUCAGUUGUUGUUAAUCGAACUGAUAUUUUUAGUCGAUAUAGUUCUUGUAAUUAUUAUCCUGAUUUAUUUCGAAUUCCAUACAAUAAAACUUUUCAACGAUAUGAAAUGAAUGGAUUUUAUCAAGCUUGGGGUUAUUUUCAAAAAUAUAAAGAAGAAGUUGCAUUUUUAUUUCAAUUUAAUCAAGCAGCAAUUGUUAGAAAUGUUGGAUUAGUUGAACAACUCAUCAAAGCUGUUUGGAAUAUACCAUUAAAUCUGGGUAAUUAUACAAAAGAUACUGUUCCACAUUCAUAUUUAAAAUCAAUUUUAAUUAAUCCUCAACCACCAUUAAUGCCUGUAACUUGGAUCGGUAUUCAUAUUCGUCGUGGUGAUUUUUUAUCUUUUUUUAAAAUUGAUACAAGUAUUGAAUAUCUUACAUGGGCAAUGAAUUUUUAUCGAAGAAAAUAUAUUAAUAGUCGAUUUUUAAUUGCAAGUGAUGAUAAAAAAUAUGUUCAAACACAUUUUGGAAAUUUAUCCGAUAUUUUUGUAACACCAUCAGGUUUUUUCUCAGGUGAAGAUUUAGCUGCAUUAGUUUUAUGUGAACAUACAAUUGUUACAGCAGGAACUUAUGGUUGGUGGGCAGCAUGGUUAGCUGAUGGUGAUGUUAUUCAUGAUCUUAAUUAUCCAGUACCAUGGCAAAAUUGUGUGAGAGACCAUUAUUUUCCACCUUGGUUUCUUUUUCCACAUAAUAGUUCAAGUAAAAAAUGGCAAGCUCGAAAAAAAUAA